AGUCUGGCAGCACUGGCCGCAGCUGACGAAGGCCAUCAAAUCUCUUGUCUGCGAAAAUCAAAUAAAUUUCCUCCAUAUUUGUUUUGUACUACGUCUCUGAGUGAAAUAACUGCUUAGUGCCGGCGUUUUGGUUAAAUAACAUAGCAGCGUGGCGAAAGUAACGCCGUACCCGAGCAUGACGCAUUCUGGGAGGAGUAAAUUCGAGAUAACUCGUUUUACGAACGAAGAUGAGAACCACAUCAACAGGAAACUGCCCAAGGAGCUGCUGCUGAGGAUACUGUCGUACUUAGACGUGGUGUCGCUGUGCAGAUGUGCGCAGGUCUCCAAGCUGUGGAACAUUCUGGCGCUGGACGGCUCCAACUGGCAACGAAUAGAUUUGUUCGAGUUUCAGAGGGACGUAGAGGGUCCGGUCAUAGAGAACAUAUCGCAGCGGUGCGGCGGGUUCCUCCGGCAGCUGUCCCUCAGGGGCUGCGAGAGCAUCGGCGACGGCUCCAUGAAGACGCUGGCGCAGUCGUGUCCGAACAUUGAAGAUCUGAACCUGAACAAAUGCAAGAAGAUAACGGACCAGACGUGCCAGGCGCUGGGCAGGAGGUGCAGCAAACUGCAGAAAAUAAAUUUGGACUCGUGCCCCAGCGUGUCGGACAUCUCUCUGAAGGCGCUGGCCGACGGCUGCCCUUUGCUGACACACGUGAACGUGUCGUGGUGCCAGUCCAUAACGGAGAGCGGCGUGGAGGCGCUGGCCCGGGGCUGCCCCAAGCUCAAGAGCUUCAUUUGUAAAGGAUGCAAGAACGUCAACGACCGCGCUGUCAUCAGCCUCGCCACGCGCUGCCCCGACCUCGAGGUGCUGGACAUACAGGGCUGCGAGACGGUGUCGGACGAGGCGGUGUCGCGGCUGGGCGGCGCGCUGCGGCGGCUGUGCGCGUCGGGCUGCGCGCGGCUCACGGACGCGUCGCUGGCCGCGCUGGCCGCCGCCGCGCCGCGCCUCGCCACGCUCGAGCUGGCGCAGUGCACGCAGCUCACCGACGCAGGCUUCCAGGCGCUCGCAAGGAACUGCAGGAUGCUGGAGCGCAUGGACUUAGAAGAGUGUGUCCUUAUCACCGACGCCACCCUGGUGCACCUGUCCAUGGGCUGUCCGCGACUUGAGAAACUGACGCUGUCCCACUGUGACCUGAUCACGGACAACGGCAUAAAGCAGCUGUCCCUGUCCCCCUGCGCCGCCGAGCACCUCACCGUGCUGGGUCUGGACAACUGUCCCCUGGUGACCGACGAGGCGCUGGAGCACCUGACGUCCUGCCACAACCUGCAGCUCAUCGAGCUCUACGACUGCCAGAUGGUCACGAGGAACGCCAUACGGAAGCUCAGGAACCAUCUUCCCAACAUCAAAGUGCACGCGUACUUCGCCCCGGUGACUCCGCCCGCGGCCGCCGGCGGCGCCCGGCCCCGCUACUGCCGCUGCUGCAACAUCAUAUGAGCGGCGCCGGACGCGACCCCCGCCCGCCGGGGGAGGCAGGGAGGGGGGGAGGGGGGUCGCUCUCUAAGCAACCGCGCACGGACUAUUCAAAAGCUCUCCCGAUCUCGUACGAAACUUUUUUCGACAAAAUGGAAAGCUCUGUGUGAAAGCCACGUGUAACAAAACGACGUUAAUAAUUCUCUGUCUCUCUCUCUCUAUCGUUACAAUUUGCUUAUCUCUUUCUCCGCUACGAAAAUUGUGUUUAAGUAAAUUGUUAAUAAUGUGAUUCAUUUUAUGACGUUUUAAAACGGUUAAGAGAUUUUUUUUAAAAAAGCUCAUAACGUACUCGGAUUUGUCGAUAGCACGCUCUAGUGUUGCUUACACUCUAAUGACGUCACGCGUCACUCAAUACUGUGGCGGGCGAUAUCUGUAGGGGACAUGACACAAUGGAACGCUAGGACUGUCUCUGAGUUUAUUUUAAUAUUUAAUGAGUUCCAAAGAUAUUUUUGAAAGUUAAUUACGGUACUGGAAUACGCAACACCUUGUCGUGGCAAAGUGGCGAAUGCGACUAAACGCGUUAUGAAGAAAUGUGUUCAUUACGUAGUACAGGGGGCUGCUGGCCCGGAGGCCCCGGCCGGUCGGCGACCAGUAAGGCUGCGGACCCUUUACGAUUCCGAAGAAUCUUUAAUAUACAUUAAAAGUGGUUGAGAACCCGUCAAAUAGCAAAUAGCAGUGUUCAUAUACACGUAAGUGGGGCCGAACGCGCUUCUAAACGUAGUCUUAUUGUGAUUUAGGGAAAUAUAUGAAUACACCUUUAGUACAAUAUUAUGAUGUUUCCAUUUUGGAAAAUUAAAUGUUCACGCCUAUUUGUAACGGGGCGAUCAGGGACUGCCUCAAGUGUCGUCAUCACCGAUGGAGCGUCGUGUCUGUCUGGCGGGAAGACAGCUGACAUUCCACUGUAGACCGGCGCGGACGUGGCGGUGUCUGGUCCGGGGACCUGGUACCGCAGGCUGGACCCUACACCCUCCUGUCUAGUUUCAUUAUAAAAAUAUUGAUAUUCCUCAAUUUUCCUGAGUCACAGAUGAGCGAGCCCGCUGACAACGAAAAUAUAGUUUAUUUAGCAUUGCCAUCAUAGAUAUAAUUGUUACCAAUAACGGCUUUUUUCUGGAGUGGGUCAAAUGACAUAAUUAUAACCUUAGUUUAUCAAGCGAACAAAACAAUUUUUAUAAAAUACAUAAUUUGAAGCAAUUCUAGUGAUCAGUACAUCAUGCUUAAUUGUGUGUAGUGUCCUUGAUAUCCCAGAAAUCAUCAGGUCAGCGCAGUUGUUAUUGAUGAACUCACCAAAAGUUAUGGUUUAAAUAAAUAAAUAAAUAAAUCCUCACUGCCACAUCUAAAAUAAUUAUCUAGAGUAUUUGUACUGGAGUUGUCUGAAUAUCAUAUUUACAAAUUUUAAAACAAAGCCAUAUAAUUUAGCAGCGUUUCUUAAUAUAGCGGCGGGUGAGUUCUGGUCAAGGGACACAGUGUGCCAGUGUUAGUGGCAUGGCGUUACUGUCAUUGUUGCAUUGACAUAAUGAUAUUGGUGACAUUUGAGGCCGUAUGGUCGUCUGUCAGUGUAAUAACGUCGACUAGGUACAAUAUAGGUUUUUAUAGAAUAAUAAUUACAUAUAUUUUGUAAUUAUAAUGUAUACAUUGUAUAUAUGUUGUAAUUAAUAAAGAAAUUGUUUCUUUU